CAGACGCGGAAGUGAUUUGCAGCUGUCAAACAGAUUUUUGUAAAUCAGUUUCAGUUUUCUGCUGAAAGGCGACUAACACUUGACGUUACUGCAACAUGGACUGUCCACGCUGGCUGCCUCUGGAGUCAAACCCAGAAGUCAUGACAAAGUUUGUUAAUUGUUUGGGUAUGAGGCCUACCUGGCAAUUUGGAGAUGUAUAUGGAUUGGAUCCAGAGCUUCUCAGCAUGGUGCCAAGACCUGUGUGCGCAGUGCUACUCCUCUUCCCAGUGACAGAGAAGUAUGAGGCAUUCAAGCAAGAAGAAGAAGAGAAACUUAAGGAUCAGCGACAGGACGUCUCGCCUGACGUCUACUUCAUUAAGCAAACUAUCGGAAACGCCUGUGGAACAAUAGGGUUAAUUCACGCAGUGGCAAACAACCAGGCACAUCUGGACUUUGAGCCUGAUUCUGCUCUUAAAAAGUUUCUUGAACAAACCUCUAAAAUGACCCCAGAGGAAAGGGCUGCCUUCCUGGAAAAAGAUGAGAGUAUACGUGUUACACAUGAGUCGAGUGCUCAAGAGGGACAGACUGAGGCUCCCAGCUUAGAUGAGAAAGUGAAUCUGCAUUUUAUAGCUUUCGUGAAUGUCGGAGGACAGUUAUAUGAACUGGAUGGCCGGAAGCCUUUCCCUAUUCUUCACAGAAAAACCUCAGAAGAUACUUUCCUCGAGGAUGCUGUAGAGGUUUGUAAGAUCUUCAUGGCUCGCGACCCUCAAGAAGUCCGUUUCACCAUCAUUGCCCUCUCCAAAGAUUCAUACUGAGGAACCUUCCUUGUGACCUGAGAAAACAAAGAAAAGAUUACUGCCAAACAUUCUCAAGUGCUGACUUCAAUGGAAAAUUAGAUUUCUUUUUUCAAAAUACCUUAGCAAGUGAUGUGGGGAAAAUCAUAAAAUGUCAGGGAUGUCAUUCUAAAGUAAUGUUAUACAUCACUUGUUACGCGUUAGAUGAAAUUGCAAGGGAAUGCUGCUGUGCAACUAAAAGUAAUUCUUGCUAAGAUUAAAAUCUUCCAGUUCGUCACUGCUGAAACAUCUCUAACUAUAAUACAGAUAUCAGCUGUACUGCAUUGACACUGCACUAAAGUGUUACAUGGCGUGUUUGGCUUUCAAUUGCGAAGGAAAAUUUAACACAUUUUUCAUGUAACAGAGGGAACUCCUCGCUUCUUUUUUUUUUUUUUUUUAAUUUUUUUUUUUAAUUCUGGGUUCAGAGAUAGAUACCGUAUGUAGUGAUUUGCUUUUGAUCAUAUGUCUAACACAUGGUCAAAACCAGCUGAAGAAACAUGUUUUGCAAGGCUUUAAUUUCAGUCAUGGCUUUGAAAAAGCAGAUAGGCCUAAUGCUAUUUUGCGGUAUGCGGUAAUGGUGUUAUAAAAAAAGGUUAUCAAAAAAGACAAACAUGCAGACUUUGUGGAAGGUGCCUACAUUUUUGUAAUCAGAAUUAGAAAUUCUGUCAAAUAAAAUGCAAAUUUAUUAAA